CAUAAUUCUGACAAGGUCAUUCUUGUUACAAGCGGUCUAGAGUUGGACAAGGAUCGGACCUUUUCUGUUGACUAUACAUGUAACUGGUUGUUGUCUUCGCGAUUUCGAAACUCUUGUAUUCGCAGUCUCCGGUGAACUAUUUUCCAUUCGUCUCCACUGUAAUCAUGGAACCAGAAUCACAGGGAGUCGUAACUGACAACAAAUCACACGGUCAACAAGCGAUGUCAGCAGGAGUGGAGAAGGUUUUUCCUUUGUCAAAGAACUGCGCUGAUAUAAUACGCUAUCAUACAUGUACAUCAUCUUCCAGCACGGACGAUAAUCCAAUCUGAUCAAAAGCUUAUGACAGCAAGGAAGAAGAGUGAUGUCCCUUCGCAUUACCGGCUAGAAGCUCUCCCUGUCCUUUUUUUCUGUGCAUUCAGGCGACUAUCCACGGUAUUAUUGAGAUGGUGAGGUCUUCUGCUAUAUCUGCGUGAAGUUAGCUCCGAAAGUUCCUUAAAGAUCGUUUUUACAUCAUCAGAGACGCACGCUACCGAUUCAGCAUACUCCGUAGCCGAGGACUGGAGGUAAAUUAAUUCCAGGAUAUCUAGAUACGUCCGAGUCAUGGAAACAGCCCCAGGUUGAGCGUCUUUCGUGACUGUGGUCUGACUAUUCCGGCAGACGGCUCUUUAGCAGAAUGUCGUGCUGUGAUUCGUGAGAGCGUUCGGCGGAUAGCUACAGGCCGACCAUCUAUUUUUCCAGUGGAGGCAGCUGGACCCUACAGCACAGUCCAGUGUCAGGACGGAAGCUGGCAUCAUCGACGAUGAUCUCCUACGUGUUCAGCCCCUGUAUGCUGUGUUGCGGAAGGUUCUGGCGGUCACCUUUUGUCGUGGUAAGGGUCGUGCGGAUGAUGAGGACAGACAGCAGACGACGCCGGAGGUGUGUCUGCUGGUCGACGUUUCCUGCGGCUGAUGUUGCAGCUGGCGAUCGCCUCUGAUGUGCAAGACUGGACACCAUCGCCGCGCGCUGGCUGACGGUCCGCGGGCACGCGGGCACAUGGGCACGUGGGUGGGCAGGCGGGCAGGGCAUAUGAUCGGCAGCUGCCUCUAAACACCAUUGACUUUUUUUUUGGUGGCGUGGCCGGAUGAUUCGGUGGCUAAGACGUGUUGAUCGUUGUUUGGCCCUCAGCUACGACGGCUUCCUCUGUGUGUCAACAGGCUCCCUGUGGAUGAAGGACGUCUACGACUGGCUGAUCCCCACAACCGACCAUGAGAGACCGCCACCAGUUGAUUGCCGACUCGCUUCCGGAGAGUAUGAAGGAUGUGCAGGUGUCCGGGGUCAUCACCAUAAUCCUCCAGCUCUGUCUGUGUCUGGAGAAUCUUCUGCCCAUCCUAUUGCACGCAUGCUGGAGGCGUCCAGGGGAGAGAACUCUCAGCGACAAGCUGGUUGCCGCCCUGUGCGCCACCUACGUCCUGUCUGCCGUGGUUCCCUCCCCACUGGCUCUGGCUUCUUACUUCAAUGGCAGCUGGUACGGGGGCGCGGCGACCUGCGAGUGCUUUCAGGUGACGUCCACGUGGUGCAGUCUGUCGGCUCUCGCCAUCGUCACCUACCUGUCUGUGGUUCUCCGCCUGAGUGCCUGCGGCCUGCGCACUCCUCCCGAGCCCUCCCCUGGCGCGUGCUCCUCCUGCGUGAGUUGGCCGCGAGCGCCCCUAGCGGAGGGCGGCGGUGCUUCUUUCUCAACAAGGACAACGCUAAUCUUGUCCUCUUCCUCGUCUUCGCCAUCGCCCUCAGCAUCGCCAGCUUGCCGGUCGUAGGCUACGGGCCUGACGUCAUGCCGGACAAUCGCACGUGCAGCUCGUGGCUAGUGGAUACUCCGGACACCGCCAGGCGGCGCACCUACUUCUUGGCCUUUCUGGCCUUUGGUUUUCUCAACCUACUGACCGUGUUCCUCGCUGUGACCUCUACCCUUGUGACCCUGAAUCAUUUAGCAAAGUGGACGAGGUCGGAGAAUCAUUUCCGGUACACGGAGGACCUCUCGCCUCCUCUUGUGGAACCAGAAUCCUUGCAGGCUAUGUAUAAGAUGAUCGGGUUGAUCCUCAUCAACCAAAUUCUUUGGCUUCCUGCACUAGUAUUGCUGACGAUUCAAAAGGCUGGCUAUCCCAUCAGUGACGCCACGCUAAUGUACACCAUAUUAUCUGCGUCACUUCCGGGCCUUGUCAACCCUCUGCUACUUGGCCUUCUCUUCCGAGACUUCCGGCAAGGCUAUCUUCAUGUCAUCCGAAAGGCGUGCUUCUGCUUCUGCUACUCCAGUGCCAGCGCAAACGAACAGUCAAUGAAAGACCUCCAGUACAGAUCAAGAAAUGCUCGGAACUACCCGGAAGAUGCUGAGAACUUUUCCACCGCCUCCAUAGACAGCUGUGACAUCAACGCUGCUAAAAGCAGUCUGCACACUUGUGUUGACAAAACACAGCCGCACGUGCACGGGGAGGACCAAGGUGCCGGGUGCAAAACGGGGACGUCAUAUGUCAUGGUUCAAGGCCUCGCUGACGAAAGGACCCCCCUGCAGGUUACAAGCAGCGUCCCCUGCCGGCCUAUUGUUGCCUCUUUGUACGACGAAUUCGGGGAGAUAAGUCAAGAACCAAAAACAGAGUUGUUGUCCCCUUGUGGGAGUGAGGACUGCCUCCUGACUUCGGAUCUCUUUCGUGAGCAGAGCGAGAGUGUGGUGUAAAAAAAAAAAAUAAUAAUAAUAAGAGACUCUGCAAGAUUGCCUGCUGUGUCUAUUAAACUCUUUCUACUUAAAAAAACUCAAGCUUUAAUCCGGAUGGGUUUUAUCCAUUUGUUAUGUAUUAUUCAUAAGCUAUUUUUGGACAGCAAAACCCAGUUCCUUCAGACAGAAUUCCAUUUUGUAAAUAUUUGGUCAUGUUUGAAUUCAUACUCCACUUGUUAUUUUAGGUUUUCAGCCAUUUUUUCUGAGAAUCCUUUUUCAAAAUGAUUCCGGUCAUAGUCAAUUGUUAUUGAAAACCACAGAUACGAGAAUAAUUGACUCUCAAUGUGAGGGUCAACAAAUACUAAUCCCCCUCGUAGUCAUAACGAUAAAUGCUUUUUUUUAACAUGUUUUACAAAACAUUUUACUUAUUGGUUCUUUUGAAAUAUCUGUUAAAGCGCUGGGUGCUUGUUGUUUGGCUGGACUAUUAAUCUACAGAAAGGCGUCCUUACUUCUGACACAGCCUCCUCUUGGAAUAAAACGAGACAAUCGUAUCGUGUCUGCAAACACAAGAACCAGAGACAAAGAAAGAUGAGGUGAAAUUGCUACAGUUCAUCCAUCACCUCUUGAAUCUCCAAAUGUACACACAUAUUCUUGAUGUAUCUUGGCAUUUUAUGUUUUGUGUGUUAUGUAAAUCGUUUUGUUUGUUCCAUUUUAGGAAAGAAAUUACUGAUUCCUGCUUUAAAAAAAGAAAAAAAAAGAAAAAAAAGAAGGCAUCGAUAAUCAGCGUGAUGACACUGUGCCCGAAGCACAGAAUCGAGGAGUUACUGUGUUUUACAUUUUCUCUCUUCAUCUCCAUACAUGAGGAGGAAAUCGGAGACCGGCCAUUCUCAGCUUAAACAGCGAAUCGAAGCCUGGUGAUUUGCGGGGUUGGUGAAAAGACGAUAACCCCUAAUUUUACCUCGACAACACCAUUAGAGUCCGGGCUUUUAUACAGUUAUGAAAGAUAAAGCAGCAGACAAAAAAACAGCAUAACGCUUUAUUAGCAUCUGUCACUUUUGUUUUACUUACUCAUGAGCUCUGUCUCUCUCACACACACCACAGACACACAUAACACUGUCUCUCUCUUAAUGUAUACACACUCACCGAAGGCAUUAGUUAUUAAAGCAAAAAAAUAAGACAGAAGACAACUGCGCACAUUAAACAUAAUUACAAAGGAUGAGCAGUUUUACGAUCGCCAUGAAAUAAAGUUUGCUGAGCGCGGUGUUGUUAUUUUUUAGUCGGAGUUUUAAUCUCUACAGAGAAGUGCAGGACACUGAUAGCAAGCGACUCAACGAACUAGCAACGCAUCUAUAAAAACAAAUAAACAAACAAAAAGCGAGCGUGACCCAUCUCUGAACUCGUUAUAUGUCAAGGACCAAUCAGUGUCACUGGCUCUUGUAAAGGGAGACGAUUGGAAGGCCUGCAGAUGUCGUCACUGUGUUAAAGCACAACCCCAAUGCAACCUUUUAAAAUAAUCCCGUAAAGAUGAGUAUGUAAAUGUGCUUAAUUGUCAAAAGAUAAGCUUUCAAAGAUCGGCAUUGUCACCUGCCACUAGAAAGCUGAAGAAAAUUACUCUCCUGUGCUGGAGAGCUCCGUUGCGUCUCAGUAGUAUUUGCAGCAGUGAGUGUGGCUCAGCCCAGAAACUCUAUUCAUGUCUUCGAGUCAGAGGAAGGAACAUCGCUUAGGUUAUGCCCAAGAAGGGAAUUUUUGCCCAGAAAAUGGAAAAGCUGAUUUUGGAAUACAGCUCUACAGAUUUGAUUUUUAUUUAGAAGCUUUGACAAAAGUUCUAAAAAUUAAAGGUCCAAAUCAAAAUGACUCGGCAGACUGGUAAGUAAACUUUUUACAGAUUAAAAUUUAAUGGGCAAGAAUCAGGCAUAUUCCAGUCUACGUUGUAUUAUUAUUGAUUCCCUGUUUGCUGAGUUGCAUUUGGGUGAAUUUUUCUAUAUGUAUUCUUGUUAAUAAAAUAUAAAUACAUUUCAAAUGUGCGUUUGUCUCAGAUAAACUCCUGUAACUUUUUUGAUAUUUUUCAUUUUUAGCUUAUAGUUACCACUCACUGCAAAUAAUUACUUGUUUACCAUU